ACCCCACCAUUGUCAGCACUUGUAGACAGCUUUCUCAGUUUGUGAAACGACCACCACAACUUGAAAUUUUCCUUUCAUUUCUAUUCAAGAAGUUAAACUCUCUUUCAUUCUAUCUUUCAUCUAUUGUUUCCUUUCUUAAGAAAAAGAUAACAAUGGCUAUCGGAGAAGUUUUUAUUGGCGCACUAAUUACUGUUUUGCUUGAGAAGUUGGUCUCUGGCGAGCUAAUGAAAUUCCUGCAUGGUGUAGGAAUCGACUCCCAGCUGAAAGAAUGGCGUAAGAAAUUGUUGAUGAUGGAAGCAGUGCUUACUGAUGCUGAAAACAAACAAACAACAAACGGAGCUGUGAAGGAGUGGCUGAAGGAUCUGGAGGAUUUGGCUUAUGAUCUGGAUGACUUAGUGGAUGAGUUGAACACUGAAGCUACCCGGCGCAAAAUAAAGGAAAAUCACGAAGCCAACAGGCCAAGCACUAGUAUGGUACGGAAGCUUAUUCCUUCUUGUUGUACUAAUUUCUCUUUCCAUGAUUUUAUGUCUGAUCGCGGGAUGGCUUCCAAGCUGAAUGAAAUUAGUGGUCGAUUGGAAGAUCUAUUCAAACAGAUUAGUAUACUCAGUUUGGUCGAGAAUGUGAGAGGGAGGCCUUAUAGAACAACAGAAAGAUUGGAUCUGACUUCAGUUGUUGAAGAAUCUGGAGUAUAUGGCAGGGAAAAAGACAGAGAGACUAUAAUCAAUAUGUUGUUGGGGGGAGAAUCAAGUGAUAUUCCAAUAUCUGUGAUUCCAAUAGUGGGCAUGGGAGGUGUCGGCAAAACAACUCUUGCACAACUUGUGUACAAUGAUGAUCGAUUAAAGGACGAAUUUGAUCUGAAGGCGUGGGCUUGCGUUUCAGAUCAAUUUGAUGCUUCAACGGUUACAAAAACCAUUCUUAAACAGGUUUCCCCUGGAAGGUAUGACGAUCAUGAUUUUAACACGCUUCAGGUGAAACUAAAGCAAAAUCUGUCAAACAAGAAAUUUCUGUUAGUUUUAGAUGAUGUUUGGAACGAAUAUUAUGAAUAUUGGGACAUCCUGAAGCAUCCAUUCCUGGCUAGCAAACUUGGAAGCAAAAUCAUCGUAACAACUCGUCAGCGUUCGGUGGCGAAAAUCAUGUCUCAUAGUCCAGCUUAUGAUUUGAAUGUGUUGUCGGGUACUGAUGCUUUAUCAUUGUUAGCUCAACAUGCACUUGAAGCCAAAACUUUUGAUGCACGUCCAGAUCUAAGAGAUAUUGGUAAGGCCGUGGUGGAAAAAUGUGGAAACUUGCCACUGGCACUAAAGGCACUUGGAGGGCUUCUGCGGACAAUGGGUAGUCCUAAUGAAUGGGAGGAUGUAUUGAAUAGUGAGAAUUGGAUGGCAGAAGACAAAAGUAAAAUUCUUCCUUCUUUAAAACUGAGUUACCAAUAUCUGCGUCCACAACUGAAAAGAUGCUUUGCUUAUUGUGCUCUGUUUCCUAAAGACUUCGAGUUUGACAAGUCCAAGCUAGUGUACCUUUGGAUAGCAGAAGGUUUUUUACAAGUAUCACAAAGAGAGAUGCUAACACAAGUAGGCAGUAAAUAUUUCGACGAACUGUUUGCGAGAUCAUUCUUCCAAAGAUCAAGUGCCAAUGCUUCAUAUUAUGUGAUGCAUGAUCUCCUUAACGAUCUAGCUACAUUUGUUGAUGGAGAAAAAUGUUUGAGGAUGGACGAUGAGUUGAAGGAAAAUCUUCCCAGCAGCAUAUCUGGAAAUGUCCGUCACUUGUCAUUCAUUCCCCAUCAAUAUGAAAUGUACCAAAGAUUUAAUUUUCUGAAGAAAGUUCGAAGCUUAAGAACAUUUUUACGCUUACCGUGUCCGCGGUGGUAUCCUGAAAGAUUCUUUCCCGACAAAGUUUCGGUUGAAAUAUUGCCGAAAUUGCACUGCUUAAGAGUUCUAUCAUUAAGUGGUUAUACGAUAUAUGAGUUGCCAAAUUCUAUUGGUGAUUUAAAACAUCUACGGUACCUAGACCUAGCUGAAACUUUAUUGAAGUGCUUGCCUGAAUCUGUGAGCAACCUUAUCAAUUUACAAGUGUUGAUUCUAAGAGGAUGCUACAAACUUACAAAAUUACCUGCCAGCAUGGAAAACCUCAUUAAUCUUUUCUAUCUGGACAUUGCUGGUACUCGUGAAUUAAAUGAGAUGCCUCAAGGAAUCGCUCAACUAAAAAGUUUGCAGACAUUACCCAAGAUGAUUGUGAGCAAAAGCAGUGGGAUGAGGUUAAAGGAUUUGGGGAAUCUAUCACUUCUACAAGGUAAAAUUUCUAUUGAGGAAUUGCAAAAUGUGGUAAAUGUUCAGGAAGCAAUUGACGCAAGACUAACGUCUAAUCCAAGCCUUAACGAAGUAAGGUUGGCAUGGAAUGGCGAGUUUGGUGAUUCCCGAAAUGAAAUUCUAGAAUUUGACGUGCUUAAUGCUUUAGAGCCUCAUUAUAACUUAAAAAGUCUUGAAAUUGAUUGUUAUGGAGGUUCAAAAUUCUCUAAUUGGAUUGGAGAUUUAUCAUUCAGUAAGUUGGAAAAGAUAAGCUUCAGUUUUUGUGGAAAUUGCAUUACUUUACCAUCAUUAGGGCAACUACCUUCCCUAAGAGAAUUGAGCAUUAGAUGGAUGGAUCGAAUAAAAGUGAUAGGAGCCGAAUUUUAUGGAGAUAAAGGCCUUUUUCCAGAGCUAGAGAGGCUGACUAUUGAGGACAUGCUAGAUUGGGCGGAAUGGCUUGGAUUAACACAUGAAGUAGAAGGUGUUGUCAGAUUUCCUCAGCUCUCUAAAUUGUGCAUACAACGAUGUCCCAAAUUGGUCAAGAUACCGAUUCCCUCACUGCCAUCCCUUUGUGAAUUGAGCAUUGGAGGGAUGGAUCGAGUAAAAGUGAUAGGAGCUGAAUUUUAUGGAGAUAAGGGCCCUUUUCCAGCGCUAGAGAGGCUGACUAUUGAGGACAUGCCAAAUUGGGAGGAAUGGCUUGGAUUAACACAUGAAGUAGAAGGUGUUAUCAGAUUUCCUCAGCUCUCUAAAUUGUGCAUACGAAAAUGUCCAAAAUUGGUCAAGUUACCAAUUCUCUCAUUGCCAUCCCUUCGUGAACUAAAAGUGAAAGCGUGUAAUGAGGUGGUGCUAAGUCACAUGCACAAUUUGGAAUCUUUAACCCAAUUAAAUUUGGAGAAAAUUUUCAGAUUGACUUCAGUUUCAAAAGCAUUUAUGCAGUUUCCUUUUGCACUUGAAAAUUUGGAAGUUUGUGAUUGUAACGACCUUGAGACUCUAUGGCCAAGUGAUCGUAUUGCUCAAAGCCUAGUCAACCUACGACGGCUGUCUGUUAACACGUGUCCUAAGCUCUUGACCCUUAGAGACAUUGAUGCUCUUCCAGUUCUUAGAGACCUUCGCAUACUGAAAUGUGAAUCUCUAGAGUUUGUUCCCAAUAGCAUAUCUUGUCUAAAAAGUUUAGAAAUCAGGAAUUGUUCCUCAUUGAAGACCAUGAUGAAGCUACAGGAUUGCAACACCUCACUUGAAUUUCUUUCGGUCGAAAUGAGGGUGAAUUUUAAUUUGACAAAUUUACUGGGAUCAGUUCACAAUUACACAAGUCUCCAUCGGCUACAUAUAUAUUUCUGUGAUGGUCUGGAGUCGUUUCCCCCUGGAGGCUUGCCCACUCCCAAUUUGAAAUGUCUUUUUACACAUGAUUGUCAACAAUUGAAGUCCUUACCGGAUCGGAUGGAACUAAUUUCAUCACUUGAAAGCUUGUUAGUAACGCGUUGUCCUUUAUUAGUAGAGCCCUUUCCCCAAAGGAAAUUUCCUCCAAAUCUGACGGAUCUUUCAUUCUGUAAUUGUGGGAAUCUAAAACCCCUGGGGGAGUGGGGCUUACACAAAAUCACCUCUCUUGAAAUAUUCCAAUUGAGUCUUUGCUAUCAAGAGCUGAUUUCCUUCUCUAAUGACGACAAUGAUGAUGAUAACAACCAUUUGCUUCCUCCAUCUAUAAGGAAAUUGAACUUGUUUGACUUUCCCAAUCUAGAAAGUCUAACAAAGGGCUUCCAAAACCUCACAUCACUUCGGCAUUUAUGGAUCUCCAGAUGUCCAAAACUUGUGGCGUUGCCUAUGGAAGACCAGCUCGACAGGCUUUGGAGUCUUCAUAUUGAUAAGUGCCCGCUUCUUAAAAAACGGUGUUUGAAGAACGAAGGAGACUACUGGAAAAUCAUCGCUGACAUUCCCGACAUUGAAAUUGAUUAGCGUUCCGUCCAUGAUCCAGAUCAAUGAUCAUGAAACCCUCAAGUAACAUAUACAAUUUGCUGAAACAAACAACACAAUUUCGACUUUCCAGAAGAAAUUAUAUCACGCGUCUUUUCAUCAUUAGAAGCUCCAUGCUCGUUUAGAUGCAAAAACUUGAUGUUUCCGCUGGAAAGAGAAGCAAAAGUGAGAAUUCUAAUCCUCUUAUGAACACCUGAUUACUGUCUGACCGUCCAUUGCCAAACAAGUCGGAGGUUCGCAGAUUGAUUUAGGGACUUCGCAGAUUGGUUGCUUCUUCUCUUUGGAUUCUGUAAUUGCAGAAAGCCAGGCAGAGGGACAAUAAACGUUUGUUAACUCUAAUGGGGAAAUUCUAAUUGAUGUGGAAUAUGAGCAAUUGGUCUUGAAAAAGGAGCAAACGACUUCGCAAAUUAUGAGGGACAAACUUAACAUCAAGAGAAUUCUGGUGCUACUGAUUGUAUGGUUUCUUGCUUCUUCAAGUUUUCAAGGCAAGUAAAUUGCAUCUCUUUCCUUUCUAAACUUGUAUAACAUUGUGUUCAAGACAGUAAAUUGUUGCUAAGAAAAUCCCGUUAAAAUUUAGGGCCCAUUUGGGAGUAAUUUUAAAAAAGAUCACUGGACUGGAGCAAUGACUUGUUAGAGAGUGUUUUUACUAUCUUAUGAAUUGUUGGUACAUAUGACGAAUUUUUUGGUACUGUUUUAUUUUACUUCUUGAUUGGAAAUAUAGAAAGCUGUUGAAUAUAAUAUUUGACUAUAAAUAUUUGACCAUAUCUAAUAGUUUAAAUUUUUAGAUCAAAUGGUUUAACGAGGUAUUAGAGUAGGCAAAAGUCCCAGGUUCAAGUCUCACCACCAGCCAUUCAUUAAAAUUGUGCCCAUGUAAGGCUUUACUGAAAAGAAGAUAAUCUUGCUUACACGUGAGAUGGCGUGAUGAAAAUAAUAUUUAAAUGAUAAACAUUUGAUUAUUUCUAACAGUUUAAACUUUUAGAUCAAAUGCUUCAACAAUACUCCUGCCUUGUGAUUUUAUUGUUUUUGACACUGACAUGUUCUUCUUCCUCAAAAAGAACAAUUCUUGAAUGGCAAACUAACAUGUUUUUUUCUCAUUACCCAAAUUAUGCAUUCACCAAAGAUAUUAAAUGAAGAAAUAGACUAGGAUUAGUUUGAAUCAAUUUUGAUUUAUUUCUAUCCAUUUCGAAGCAGAAAAUUUUUCAUCUAUUUACUGUGGUUAACUUUUAAUGUUUACUGUGGAUUCGAAGUAUAAAAAAUAGGACUAAUAUUAUUGAAUAUGCAGACCAUUUGAGUGAUAUUAAAUUACUCCUUACAAGUAUUCUCUCUCUUCUUUCUCUCACCCAUUAUGCAUCAAAUGAUGGUAAGAAUAUUCCUUUAAUAGAUGAAUUUGUCUAGUGGAACAUAAUGGAGUGUACCGAUGUACACCUCACUCACAUGGGUGUGGGACCCAUGUGAAAGAAAUAAUAUUUUAUUCGAGUGGGUCUCUCACCCAUAUGAGUGGGGUGUACACCAUUAGGUACAUCCCGAUAUGCCACUAGCAAAACCGUUAAUAGAUAACCGUUCUAUAAAAGUUCAUUACUAUAUAAGCUAUAUAGGACAUGAAAUUUUUUGCAAGUAGACCCUCAAAUUGAUUUACCACCUGGCUCUAAUUUUCCGUUUAGCAUUUUGUAUAUAAGAGGAAUAUCAUAUUUAUUAUGUUACUCCUUCUAUUUAAAUUAGGGAAAAUUGUAGCAAUGGUCCAUAACCUUUCUUUUUUUUUUUAGCAAACAUUAUCCUGACCUUCAAGUUUUUGUCAGUCGAGGCCUCCAACCUUUGAAAAAUUUGCACCUGAGGUCCAAAUUUGGCCAUUAGUUGACCCGGAAUAUCUAAAAAUUGGAUAUUUUGACCAUUUAAGUAGGACAUUUUCGACAGUCUCAUAAUAACUUUAGAUUUUUUAAUAAAAACACAUUUAUAUAAUAAGGAAUAA